AUGGACUUUUUGGACGAGUGCCACCCACAGCCGCAACAGAGACACGGGCAGGAAGCACUUCAGAGCAGCGAGCAGCACACACCCCAUCAGUCGCAGCAGGACGCCGGCUCACUCUUUGGGGAAGUUGCUUCACCAACACAGGCGGCGGCGGCAAAGACGGCCGCUGGCGCGCCAGAAGCGGCACAGCCUGUCUACGUGCCGCCUGUUGUACCGCAAGCUGCCAACACCGAAGAUUUUUGGUCCGAUGACAGGGCGUCGCCGGCGUCACCGCUUCAAACCGAAACGAAUGGGCGUGGUGUGACCGAAGCCGUUCAGAAGGAAAUCGAGAAGCGGACACAAAAUAUAGAUGCAGAAUCUAAGAAAAAGGCGGAGGCCCAGAAGGUUGCCGCGGAGUCCUACAUGAAGCAAGUAAAGGCCCAACAUGAGGCGAGGCUAAAGGAGACGAAGGCGGAGAAUAUGAGGCAGCAAAAGGCGAAUGAAGCAAAGCGAAAUGAGUUCAAGAAAAGUGGUGCAGUUUGGAACGGCGUAGGCUUGAUGACGGACCUCAGCAAGGCCAAUGUGUACUCUAAAAGUACAGAGCGAAUGAGGAAUAUUCUGAGGAAGCUAAACGACACCGCAGAGGGUGAAACGCUCCAGUCGUAG